AUGCUGCUGCUAGACCGACUGCACAGGAUCCCGAAACCCCAACACAUAGCUGCAUCCUUACCCAGAGAUGUGUUAUUGAAAGCACACUACUUCCAUGUAAAAAAUCUCCUGAUGAGAAGAAGCAGAACCGCGAAAGACCUUCCAGCUGAAUACACCGGCAUCAAAAUUUACUCAGAUCUCUCAGCAGCCACCCUGAGACAACGGAAAACCUUCCAGCAAGUGACAGAGACUUUCCGCGCCAACCGCAUCCUAUACCACUGGGGCUUCCCUGUCCGCCUGAUUGUUUCCAGAAAUGGAACCACCAACGUCAUACACACGGUGGAAGAUGGUCUGAACCUCCUACACCAGUGGAACCUGACCAUCGUGGGCGAAACACAAGCCCUGAAACCACCGAGAAAAGUGGUCAAGGACUGGCACGUUGCCGACUGA